ACUGCGCAGCCGCGGAGACGUGGUCCAGGCUCCUGCCCGUGCCUCAUUGUGCCUCAGACAACGAGUGUACGCAGUUACCACACAGUUACCAAGCAGUUACCUCAGAGCCGCGGCGCAGACGUAGGCCUCAGGUCUCGGGCCUCAGGUCUCGGGCCUCAGAGCCAGACCCCGCCAUCUCACGAUGUCAGAGGGGACCGAGGAACAGGAUUUUGUUAUUAUAACUGUCGACGACAGUGAUGAUAACAAUGAUUGCAGUAUUGAGAUCGUGGAAGUUUCUGAAACAGCAGAUAAUUCCACUAAUGACAUAGCAGAUGAUUCCACUUAUGUCACAGCAGAUAAUCCCACUGAUGACACAGCCACACAACCAAAUUUUCCAGGCGGCAAUGAUGGCCAUCACCGUCCACUCCGAAUGUCAUAUGUGUCUGGCUCUGUCACCCAGGCUGGAGUGCAGUGGCAUGAUCACAGCUCACUGCAGCCUCAACCUCUUGGACUCAAGCAAUUCUCCCACCUCAGCCUUCCCAGUAGCUGGGAUGACAGGCGCACGCCACCAUGCCCAGUAGCCCAUGGUGACCAAAUAGUUUCACAGAUGAACCACCCAGUACAUUUAAGAAGAUACAGUUACAACUCAGAGGAAGUGGAUUUGCCAAAAAGAGGAAGAUUUUGUACUCCAGAGGUACAGUCUAGCAUAUCACCACCAGCGGAAAGGCAGGAAACCCAUGCCUGGGCCAGCCCUGCUGUAACAUCUCUUGAGUCAGCAGCAUGUCAUGAACUGCAGGAAGCAGACCUCAGUGAGAGUUUGUCAUAUCCCAGAAUUGUCUCCUCAAGUUCAUUACAGCAGUGUGUUGCACAAGGUGGCUCAUUUCCUUGUUUCUGUAUGCCAUGGAACUAUAUCAGUGGAGGUGCUGAAAGUACCAAUGCUGUCAUCUCAUUUGCCAACGCUACUACAGCAGUACCUAUGGCAGGUCUGUCACGAAGAGAAUCCAGUCUGGCAAAUAACCCUGGUGUGGUGAAUUACUCUGCUCUACCAGAAAAUGAAAAUGUGGGCCCAGGUAGAGCCUUGUCAUCUUUCUGCUUCCAUCCCAAUUUGGCUGAGAAAAUUAUACUUAUUGAAAUGCCAGGAACAACAGAAACCAACGUGGAAAAUAACUCUCAGACAGUGUAUUACCCAGCUUUACUGGGAAAUAUGAAUGCCCCAAAUCCAGCCUCUUCAUGUCUUCCCAUCACUUCUAAUUUUGUACUUGAAAGAGUUGCAGAAAUGCCAGAAACAGCAGGAACUAACGUAAAAAACAAUACUCAGACAGUGAAUUACCCACCUUCAUCAGGAAGGGGCCGUAGCCAAGAAACAUUGGGAAAAGCACGAACCAGCCCAGGAAAGAGGUCUGCAAAAACAAAUUACAGACCUUUAUUAGAAAACAACAGUCACCAGAAUGUUUCCUCAUUGUUUCAUAGCGUUCCUUGCAAUUUUGGCAUUGAAAGACAUCUAGGUUGUUUCCUGGUUUUGGCUAUUAGAAGUAAAGCUGCUAUGAACACUCAUAUACCAUAUAGGCUUUGUGUGAACACAAGCUUUCAUUUCUCUGAGAUACUGCCCAAGAGUGCUGUUGCUGGGUCCUAUGGUAAUGAAUCUGGCCCACAAAUGAGUUCUGGGACAAUGAGUUACUCAACUGAAAUGAAAAAUAACUGUGACCAAGAUGAUGCUUCAGCAUCUGCCUGCCUCACUCCCGAUUUUGCACUGUUACCUCUGAAUAUUUUGGUAAAAGUAGACACCAACAUGGAAAACAGCCUCAACACAAUGAAUUGCUCAACUUUAUUGGACAGUGACAGUGGCCAGGAUUCUUCCUCAUCAUCUGUCUGUAUCCCUCCCAAGUAUGGCUAUCUUGGUGAUCCAAAAAGAAAUGUCAGAGUACUUAAAACCCAUUUGCUGGCCGUACGAAAUAUGGCCAAACCUAAGCAAGCAGCCUGCUACUUGGUUCGUAUUUUAUUCUCCAAGGAAAUCCUGAUUAGCAGCUCAGUGGAUAUCCAUUUGAAAGACAGCCAAUCCCUCGACCCAAACAAAAUGGCUGCAUUGAGAGAAUAUCUGGCAACAACUUUUCCCACCUGUGAUUUGCAUGAACAUGGAAAAGACUGGCAGGACUGUAUUUCUGGUAUCAAUUCUAUGAUCUCCUGUUUACGUUCUGAAGGCAAGAGUACUCCAAAAACUGUUCGCAAAAAUAAAAAACGUACCAACCCUGUUGCAUCGGCAUCUGCAGAUAGAAAUGACCGAAGGGGCAGAGAUGGUGGUGAAGGCAGUUCUUGGAUGUUUCAGCCAAUGAAUAACUCCAAAAUGAGAGAAAAGAGGAACUUGCAGCCAAACAGUAAUGCUAUCCCUGAAGGAAUGCGAGAACCUUCCACUGAUAAUCCAGAGGAACCUGGUGAAGCAUGGAGCUAUUUUGGAAGACCAUGGAGAAAUAUACGGAUGCCAUGUUCAGUACUGACUUUGGCAAAAACUAAGUCUUGCGCAAGCCUGUCGGCUAGAUACCUUAUUCAGAAACUCUUCACAAAAGAUGUCCUGGUCCAAAGUAACGUCUAUGGCAAUCUGAAGCACGGCCUGUGUGCCCUUGACCCCAAUAAGAUUAGUGCUCUCCGAGAGUUCCUCCAAGAAAACUACCCAAUUUGUGAUCUCUCGGAAAAUGGAAGAGACUGGAAGUUGUGUGUGACCUCCAUCAACAGCGGUAUCCGUAGCCUUAGACAUGACGUCAGAAGUGCUGAAGCCAGGUCUCAGUCGCUUCCAGCAGUGACCCCUCCAGAGUCGGAGCAGUAGUCAAAGCCAGGAGAUCCCGACGCCACUGACCCAAGCACCGGAACGGCAGCUGCCAAACUUUUUUUUUUUUUUUAACUGUUAAGACUAUUUUGUAAGUUUCUCAAGUUCUAAUUCCAAAAUCAGCCUGCUGUACUGGCAGAGUAGUUUGCAUUUACACCUGUAGUAAUCGCCAAACCUCUUUUUCUGCUCAUAAAGGAGGUAGAAUCACAUUAGGAAGAUAUGUAAUGUUUCAUCUGUGGAUUUGAUGACAACCUCUGAUUGAGGGAAUGGUAGUAAACUCUUCAUGGGCUUGUGACCCAUGGCUUUGACUUAGAUAAUUGACAUUAAUGUACUUUUUUUUGAUAAGGCAGAGAAAGAAAUUCAAUAGAAAGUAAGGAGUCGGUCAGUCAAAUAAUAUAAAAUGGUAGUUUUCAUUGCUGUUGAAUGUGGGGUGAGAAGAGCAGUACGCCUAGCACGUAAUGACAGAUGACAUCUGAGUGUCAGUGAAUAAAGAUAGGUAGGGAGCUGUAGGAGAGGCACCGGGAAAUAUUUGCCAAGCGUAGAAACUUGCAGGCAGUAGACAUUCAGUAUCUGCCAGGUACAUCAUAACCAAGGGCUUAGAUCUUAACACCACUAACUCAGAAGCGAGGUACAGUUUACAUAUAACCAAAGCACCCACAGUGCCUUUCUUAUACAUCCAUCAGAAUCAUAGGAUUGAUAUCACAUUGUUUGACCUAAGCUUUCCGAUGAGACCUGUGUUCUUUUGAUUGACUCUUGAUGAGAACAGCAUUUCUUUAGUUACCUCCUGAUAAUAUCUUAGCACUGAAGUUUUCUCAGGGUUAACAUAGAAAAUCAUAUUAGAAAACUGUAGUUCCAUUUCAGUGGGUUAGAUUUAAGAAUAUGCUACCAUAAAUGCUAAGGAUCUGACCACAUUCGGACACUAACGUUAUUUUUGGUUUCCGAAAUGUCUGAGUGAAGGUUUUAAUAUGUUUGCUGUAUUUUUCUGAUUCUACUGAAUAUAGAUUCUAUCAAUUUCUAGUUGAAAUGCAUACAAAUAUAAAUCUUACAAUGUUUUAAGUGAAAAAAAAUUCAAAAUUCAGUUAGAAAAAAGUGGUUUUAAAGGAUAUUGACAGGAUUCUUAGAGAAUUAAAAAAUAAUCUCAUUUUGCUUAUGCAUAGGAUUUCAUUUUUAACGUAGGCACUUGAUUUUAAAGAAAGUUCUUGAAUGUUUCAGCCAUGGGAAGUACUCUAUAUUUCAUCAUUCGACCAUUUGUGUUUAAGAACCAUUUUGCCAGGUUUAAUGCCAUCUUUCAGCUUUUAACCUAUCAAAUGGUCCUCAGUCACAUUUGUUUUAUAGCAUUCUUAGGUAUUAUUCAAAAAGCAAUUUUUUCCCUUGUAAGAGGUCAGCCUUUAGUUUUGGUCAUUGGCUUCUGACCCAUGGCUUUGUCUUAGAUAAUUGACAUUAAUAUACUUUGUUUUUUUGAUGAGGUAGAGAAAGAAAUUCAAUAGAAAGUAAGGAGCCCCUCAGUCAAAUAAUAUAAUUCGUAUAAAACUUGACAAGUCUUUUUAUUUUUGUGACUUGUGAGAUAGUUUAAGAUAUUUUUAUGUGACCAAUUUGUAGAAUGAAUACAUAUUUUCAAAUUUAUCUUUUCCAAAUUCAACUUUUAGAGUAUUUUAGCAAAAUAUACGUAUAGUUUAUAAUACAGAAGUAUAGCUUUAUAAAGAUAUUAAGGAUUUAUUUUUUAAAAUAAUUCUCUGAAUAAUUUGCUGUAGUAGUUGCCUUCAGCUUAAUAAAACCAUAGUACUUCUACAUACAUCUUUAUAAGUUAGGCUAUGCCUACAAAGGUCUUAAAAAAUAGAUAAUUUACCGGGUGUAGUGGCUCACACCUAUAAUCCCAGCACUUUGGGAGGCCGAGACGGGUGGAUCACCUGAGGUCAGGGGUUCAAGACCAGCCUGGCCAACAUGACGAAACCCCAUCUCUACUAAAAAUACAAAAAAAGUAGCCAGGCAUGGUGGCAAGCACCUGUAGUCCCAGUUAUUCGGGUGGCUGAGGCAGGAGAAUCACUUGAACCUGGGAGGUGGAGAUUGCAGUGAGCCGAGAUUGUGCCACUGCACUCGAGCCUGGGUGACAGAGUGAGACUCCAUCUCGGGAAAAGAAAAAAAAAAAAAAGUAGAUAAUUUAAAAAAUCUUGCAUAAAAAAAAAUCUUCCAUAAAGGGCAAAAAGGCUUUAACUUCCAUUAUUCAGAUUUAAUCCAACUAAGACAGUCUUUGGCUUCAUUCACUGUUCAGUUUCACAAGUUAUUUUACAACUACUAGUAACAGAGCUAAUACAGAAUAGUAAUCCACAUUAUAAACAUAGAUCAAAAUACCACAUCAUACCCCAUAAAUACAUGCAGUUAUUAUUUGUCAAUUAAAAAUAAAAUUUUUUAAAAGAAAAGUACAGUUCAACCCUAGGCAAGAAGAAAUUUCAGAUUGUAUAUGCAGAUUUUGAAUUUGGUUUAUAUUUUGUGGUAUCUGAAAUAUUCCCUGGACUAGAAGCAAAACCACAGAAGCAAAACUUUACAUUUAGAAAAAAAUUUCAAGACUUCUAUUGCUAACUUUAUUACAUUAGUGGUUUUUAGAAGUUAUUUAGAGCAGUCUUGUCUGAUAGAACUUUCCACCAUGAUGGAAAUGUAAAUAAAUAUACCACAUUAAAAAUAUAAAUUUGCAAUGUCCAAUAGGCUCGUAUGGCUAUUGAGCAUUUAAGAUGUAAUUAAUUAGACAGAGGAAGUAAAUUUAAAAUUUUCUCUCAUUUUAGCUAAUUAGAAUUUAAAGUGAAAUAGCCACAAGUGGAUAGUGGCUACUGUGUUGGAUGGCACAGUUCAAAAUGCCCCUUAUUUAUAAAAAAAGUGUUUAAAAGUGGUUCCCAUGGCUUGAAGAGGAAUAAUAUACACAUAACUUCUUUAAAAUCACAUUUUGUUUGAGAUGGAGAUCUUGCUAUAUUGCCCAGGCUUAUCUGGAACUCCUGGGCUCAGGAGGGAGGAUCACAUUUGACUGGACAAAAUACAUUUUAUAAAGGUGUUUUGUAUUUUAUGUUAAAGUGGAAUUGUGUCUUCAAAAUUGUGUCUUCAAAAUUUCACAAGUUAAUUCUAUUACUGUAUUAGUCCAAUGUUAAACAUUUUAAAUGCCUGUUCAUAAGACUCAUUUUUGAUAAAUAAAUGUAUCUUUAAUGUUUUGUUUCCCAAAUAGAUACAAUAAAUAAACAUUUAAAAUGCCUUAA